CCGUCCUCUUGGCUGCCCUGGUCUGGGGCCAGAACUGCUCCAACUCACAAGGCAAAUGAGCCUCCCGCUGUCCACUCGGGCAGCGUGUAACAACCUGCCAUUUCACCGGAUAUACAGGGCUGGGCAGGAAGAGGGAGGUGGCGUCAGGGGACGAUUAGCCGCGCUGCCUUGGCUGCUUCGCGGGGAGGUGUGACAGCCGCCUUUUGAGUCUCCCAGCAACUUUGCCAGCAGGCAGGGAUGAAAGGAUGCCCGUCUCAGCCUCCCUCCAUCCUGACUCGACCCAAGAGCGGCCCGCCAGCCUGACCUCCACCGCCUCCUCCUCAGGUUCAUCGCGCGACAGCCGGGCCAUGGAGGAGCCCGGUGUGGGGGAGCCGGGACCCGAAGGUGGGGAGGGCGCCCCGCAGGGCCUCCCGCACUUCAACAGCAACAACAGCGCCAGCAGCUGGCUGAAUGGGCAGGGAGGCCCUUCCUUCUCUGCCUUCGCCUCUCGGGCCCCCGCUGGGGACAACCACCUCCAGCACAGCUACCUGGGCCGGGUCGUGCGGGAGAUCGUGGAGACGGAGAGGAUGUAUGUCCAGGACCUACGCAGCAUUGUGGAGGACUACCUGUUGAAGAUCAUUGACACGCCAGACCUGCUGGAGCCAGAGCAGGUCAGCGCACUCUUUGGGAACAUUGAAGACAUCUAUGAACUGAACAGCCAGCUGCUUAAGGACCUGGAUGGCUGCAACGGGGACCCGGUGGCAGUGGCCUACUGCUUCGUGGACAGAAGAGAAGAGUUUGACAUUUACACCCAGUACUGCACCAAUUACCCCAACUCGGUGGCCGCUCUGACCGAGUGCAUGAGAGAGAAGCACCAGGCCAAGUUCUUCCGGGACCGGCAGGAACUGCUGCAGCACUCGUUGCCACUGGGCUCCUACCUGCUGAAACCCGUCCAGAGGAUCUUGAAGUACCACCUGCUCCUCCAGGAAAUCGCGAAGCAUUUUGACAGGGAGGAGGGCUUAGAGGUGGUGGAACUUGCGAUCUACACCAUGACCUGUGUGGCCUGGUACAUCAAUGACAUGAAGAGGAAGCACGAGCAAGCCGUCCGCCUCCAGGAGAUCCAGUCGUUGCUGAUCAACUGGAAGGGGCCGGACCUGACCACCUACGGUGAACUGGUGUUGGAGGGCACCUUUCGCGUCCACCGGGUGCGGAACGAGCGGACCUUUUUCUUGUUCGACAAGGCGCUGCUCAUCACUAAGAAGCGGGGUGAUCACUUUGUCUACAAGACCCACAUCCCGUGCUCAUCCCUCAUGUUGAUCGAGAGCACCAGGGAGUCUCUGUGCUUCACCGUAAGCCACUACAAGCACAACAAGCAGCAGUACAGCAUCCAGGCCAAAUCGGCGGAUGAGAAACGGGGGUGGACUCACCACAUCAAGAGGCUUAUCCUGGAGAAUCACCACACCACCAUCCCCCAGAAGGUUAAGGAAGCCAUAUUGGAGAUGGACUCCUACUACCCCACGCGGUACCGAUACAGCCCGGAUAGACUGAAGAAAGCUAUGGACGAGGCACCGCUGCAGCGUUGCCAGGGACGCCGACGGUCCGAGCCAACAAAGCAGCUUCUCAAGCAGCUCAACCAGAAAGCAAGACCAGCAGGACUGAAGCACUCAGACAGCGCUGAGGCCCUUCUGGACUCCGGAGAGUUCCGGCAGCCCCUGUUCCCAUGGGGGCCGCAGUCCGAUUUUGAACGGGCUGACCAGGAGCAGGACGAGAAGGAGGAAGAGGAAGAGCAGGCAUUUCAGCAUCAGACCUCUCUGGAGGAUCUGCCUCUCAGCAACGGCAGCGAGAAGAGGGCUGGGGCUGAGCCCCAAGGCUCAGAGGAGGAAGAGGAGGAAGAGAAGGAGGAGGAGGAGGAGAAAGAGGAGGAGGAGGAGGAGGAGGAGGAGGAAGAGAGUCUGGAGGUAGCCGAGCAGGACUCUGGGCCCUCGGAACAUGAGGUAGCCAAGGGCUGCAAGAGGCCAAGUGGCCAGUCUUCGAGUUCUCCCCAAAAGUGCGUGAACUUGGCACCUGACUCUUCUGGGUCAGAGACGUGGCUGGACGGAGACCCCGAGGUGGUUCCGGGACCAGCUCCCCCUCCGUUGGAUCACAGCCCAGAGAGGCCCUCAGACCUGGAGUCUUCCCCACGCACGCCCGAGCGGCUGUUAAGCCUCCCCGAGGAGGUGCUGGCAACUGACCUGCCAGCUCCCGAGGUGGAACAUGUCCUUCCCGAGAGCCAGGAGGACCUCAAGACCCUUAGCAGUGAGGAGGAAGAAGAGGAGGAAGGAGCAGCUCAAGAGUCAGGGAGCAUCUUGCCGCCAUCUGUUCUGGACCAGGCUAGUGUCAUAGCUGAGAAGUUCAUCAGUAGCUUUUCACGGCGCAGCAGCCUGGCCCUGGAGGAUGGCCGGUCUGGUGGCUUUGGGCAAGUCCACCUGACGGGCCAGAGCGGCAGCCUCCUCAGCCUCGAGGGUGGUGAGAAGGGGCUCUACCCUAGCAGCCCCAGUGACUCCACCGACUGCUUCCUGGCCCCGGAAGUGGCCUCAGGUGCCAGGGCGGCUCGGGAGCCCCGCUCUCCCCUCGACAGGCCUGUGCCCCCAAGUCCCGGUGGCCCCGGGGAAGCCGAACGGUCCCCUUUCAAGAAGAAGGAGUCGCUCUUGUCCACUCAGGACCGGCUCCUGCUGGACAGGAUCAAGAACUAUUACGACCACGCUGAACACCAUGACGCCAGCUUCAGCAUCCGGCGCCGAGAGAGCUUCUCCUACAUCCCCAAGGGGCUGGUCAGGAACUCGGUUACCAAGUUCAACAGCUUCCCGAGGCCCGAGCCCAGAGCCCCCGCUGAGCGCAAAAGGCUGGCUGGGCUCUGGCCAACCUCCGGGACUCGCUCUGACCUCCCCACCCCAGGACAGGGGGACCCCGGAGACCCCGCCCCCGUCCGAGACUCCGAGUUCCGCCCGUCCUCUGAAUUAGUGAAGAUCUGGGACGGGAUGGACCGCUCGUCGGGGGCCCGCCGGGGGCUGGUGGGGAAGGGCAGGAGGGAGCCGGGCUCGGGGCAGGAGAACGGCUUUGAUCUGCACGAGCCGCUCUUCAUCCUGGAGGAGCAUGAGUUGGGAGCCAUUGCAGAGGAAUUGCCCGGGGCCUCCUCUCACAGCCCCCAGACCCACCCCGCCCAGCUGGCUCGGGAGCUGAAGGAGCUAGUGAAGGAGCUGGGCAGCGGGGAGCCAGAGCUACCGACCACCCUGCACCCCCGGAUCGUGCAGUUCUCGCACAUGAUGGACGCGGACCUUGGCGAACGGGUCACAAACAAGGUUUACCAGCUGGCCCGCCAAUACAGCCUCAGGAUUAAGCGGCACAAACCCGUGGGGCCGAAUCGGUCCAAGGGAGAGCCUGACGGUGGGAGCCCGGGCCCCAAACUGCCUCUCGUCCUGGAGGAAGUGUCAAGGCCGGCCGCCAGCCGAGGUAAGAAGCCUGCCUUGUCCCUGCCUCGCUCUGAGCGGUUGGUGGUUGAGGGGGACAGCUGGCCACGACAUUCCUCUUUUGCAAGGAGCCAGACCCUUCCGUGCUGCUCCUUUGGGCCUUCCUCCAGCGGCAGGUGGGACCCCUCCUCUCUGGGGGACCAGCGGCCCCCCGCCCACGGCACCCUCAGCCCCACGGAUGGGGAGACCUUCCACUGGCCGGACGUCCGCCAGCUGUGCUCCAGAUACGCUUGCGGUGCAGGAGCCCCGCAGGCCAGGCUGGGCCCACGUCGGGGCCCUCCGGUCAGCCGGAGCCGUUCGGUGCCCAACGGGAUGAUGGAGCCGGCGCAGUCGGGGCACGUGAACCGCUGCCUCAGCCUGGAGGCCCCCCGGGGCCAAGAGGACGAAGCCCUGUUCGUCGCCGCAGACGUCAUCCUGGACGACAACCGUCGGGUCAUUGUUCUGGAGAAGGGGCCCCUGCCGGAGCCCCACAACAUGGCAGAAGAGGGGGAGCGGGACAGCUACGGGCAGUGUCGCUCGCCCACCUCCCGGGAGAAGAUCUCCCAAAUGGCUGUGGUAGAGCACCGUAAAGCCUAUCAGGAAUCGGAGGAGCCACGGGGGCGAAAGGAGGGACCUGCACCGGACUCCCUGCUGCCAAAUCCAAGGGUGAUGGCUGGCUCUGGCCAGCAGGGCCUGGUCAGGACCCUGAGGGCAAAGUUUCAGACAUUGAACUCGAAUGGGUGAAUAGUUGUGAGGGAGAGGGGCUGCUGGUGAUGGGGAGGGGAGAGGGGUACUGCCUUCUCCUAUCAGAUAUGCUUUGCCCCAUUCCCCCCUGCCCAACAUUCCCACCCCAACUUCCCGUUCUCCAAGACUUCCUAUUCACGUCUUCCCGCUCCUCUUCCAGGAAUCAUAAGCAGGGCUGCGGGGAGUGAAUCUGCCACUCCCAGAACUCCCUCUGCCACCGCCCAUCCUUUUCUGCCGUACAGGAAGGUCCCCGGCAAGCCGGACCACUCGCUUCCCCGAGACCCGACCCAGCCGGGUCCGGCAACCAGGGGAUCAUUUCUCCUUUCUUAUCUUUAGUGUAUAUAUAUAUAUAAAAAAGAAAAAAAACCGUUGGAGAGGACCAUGAGGGGCCGUGACCUGCCCAGAGCCAGCUCCUACCCCCCCGGCGGCCAACCCAGAGGGGAGAUGGGACAGGUUCAGGAGAGACUUUCUCCAAGCCACCUCAGUUUCCGGGAGCCAGCCUGGAAGGCGUCUGCUGGGUCUCAGCCCUUAAUUUAUUGCUUUCCAGACUGCAGACUUGGAUAGGGAAUGGGGAGGGAAAACGGAGGGGAACGGUCUCAGUCCAGAAUGGGCUAGGGCUGUGCUGUCUCUAACGUACACACAUUUCAUCUCCUGCCAAAGGUGCAAUAACCACUGCUGAGUAGCCACCCCUCGUCCUGCCUUUUUAUUGGGAUUCCUGGGGCGGGGCGAGCUCAGGGGCUGAUGGCAGCCAGGCGGUAGCCAGAAGGGCAACAGCCCACAGCCACCUGAGCAUUUACUCAAAAGGCCCAGGUUGCCCAUCAUGCUCUGAGGCCUCCACCCUUGAGCCUCUCGGUGUCUCAGGCCUCGGCCCUCAGGGAGAGGAUCCUGCGGAGAGAACCGCUGUGUGCAGAGGGCUCCGCGCCCUUUCUCUCUUGGCGGGGUAUUCUUCCCCCAACCUGCUUCUCAAGUCUGCCUGCUCCUUGAACCAGCCUCGCUCGAGCGACUUUCUUCUGAAGCUAUGGGUUCCCUGCCAGCUGGGGUGUGAGGCCCGAGAAUGAGCCGUAGCAAGAGUAAGCAAGGGAGCCUCUAGCAGUCGGGGCCGGGGAGAUGUUUGUUUCCGGCUGCUGGGCUCGGGAAGGGGAGUGCCCUUUGGCAGGGCCUUAACUGCAUCUGGUUACCUAGAGGUAUCCGUCCUGCAGUCUGGAAUGCCUCUAGCCUAGGCAGGCCUGGGCCUAUUCCUGCCCAUGAUGACACUCCCCCUUCCCUUCUUGUUGCUCGUUCUUUUGGUGUUACGGUGUGGGAGGGCGGGGAGUCUGGUCAGAUGCCAUCCUGGGUCCCUUGCUUCACAUCCACCCUCUCUUUCCCUUGCUCCUUACCGUUCUCGAUGCUUUCUUGACUGUGCCGCUGCCUAGCUGACUGGUAGCCCGCUCCAGGGGCCAGGAGCAGCUUGAAUGCUCGGCUUCGCCUGCUCCACAGUGGGGGUGGGCCUGGCCUCGAGCUUGGGGUCAUGGAGGAAGACUUAAGGAGCCAUCUUGGAGGCAGGGAAGAGGGCCUGGCGGAGGGAGGCAGGGGAGGAGAUGGAUGUUGCCCAAAGGCCCCAGGAUGGGGCUGUCCUCUCCGGCCCCAAUCCUGAGAGGCAAACGGACAUGUGGCAGCCACUUUCCUGGGGGCCCCAAGUCAGCACUUAAUGGGGAUCAGGCCCUCAUACCGCCCAGGUCCUGAGGUACCAAGACAAGUCUGUUUGCCUCCGCAGUUGCUGGCAGGAGAGCCGGGCUCCUUGGUCCUCUCUGCUAGCUGAAUGCGGGCGCCCAAAUGAACAAGUAGCCAACAGAGGCACCUGGGGGUUAUUGGUUUAUUAGAAAAAACUCUUAUUAAAUGGGUCGGAGAGCCAUUUAUGAGCAGAAGCUCGAGGUGCUCUCCCAUCUGGACAGUGGAAGCACAUUUGAGCAGAUGGAGAUCACGGCCCGGGAGGCCAAGGCCCACCUAGGCUGUGGGGUCCGUGCUGGGGGAGACAUGCUCUCGGCUCUCCGGUUCCCGGGUGCCUCCCCCCACUCCUCUUCCCCUCCGCCCCUGUCCUGGGUUUACUUGUCCAGGGGACAAAGUCACAUGAUCAGCCCUCAGCGUCCAAUUGCCCCAGCUGUGUCUCCUCCCAGAGGGUCGCAAACAUUACAGGUUUCUCUAGGGACUGGGCCUCGUCCUCAGUGGGUCAGAGAAGCAGGAGGGGCUGCCGGCCUCUUCCGCUUCUCCUAGUGAUACGGGACUGGUAAAAACAACAAGCUCACUGCUCCCCUCCUGGCCCAGCCCCGGCCAAGAGAAGGAAAUGGGAAAAGAAGAAUGAGAAUGAGCUGAUCCCAAGGCGAGCCACCUUAAAAACCAACCUGCGAUGUCUGGCGGUGAGGGCAGUCAGGAGAGGGAGGGGAUUCGGAGGGAGAAGCUUGCUGUGCUGGUGUGGACAGGAGAGUGAACCUGGUUUGGAAGCGGGUCGGGAGUCGGUGACACAGGAAGCGGAGAAUAGGUCCUUCCCCAGCCCCUCAGGCUCUGGACGGCCUCAAUUGUUUCCUAGCGACUUGGACCCCGGGCCUCUUCCGGCUGGCAAACCCGACCCCCUCAGCUGCAUCUCCUAGUCCAAGGGCCGACGAGAGUUGGGGGGGGAAGGAGGAGUGUUCCCAGUGUGGCUGCCGAUCCUGAAGGGGCCAGAACUCCCCCUCACCUGCCACACCUCCGGUGCUCAAGC